UUUACACUUUCGACGACGAUGGCGGCUGCUCCCCCGUUGCCCGUUAAGGACACUCUUGUGGACCCGUACCCGUCAUUAACGUAUUCCCCCUUCUCCACCGCCCUCUCCCCUAUCUCCAAUGCGUAUGACCGCUUCGCGCAAUGGAGAACAGACCUCGGCCUGCCUCAUCCCGGGACCGUGGAGAACCUUCAAAAAGAGAUAAAAUCAACACACCUCACUAACUUUAUGUUCGAUGGCGCACGCGCUGACCUGACGAAAAGUCUCUCCAUGAACCCGCUUUUCCAAGUAACGCACUCGUUUUCUCUUGGGUCUCAAACAGCGCCCCCGUCGUAUAAUUUUGGGGCAAUAUUUGGGAGCUCCAAGUUGUUUUUGCAAGGUGGAGUAGACCAUGACGGAAAUGUCAACGGCCGCUUUAACUAUGGUUGGACGCCAAGCAGUGUGACCAAGCUCCAAGCUCAGCUGUCGUCGCAAGUUGGCCACAACAUGAUUCAACUAGAACACGACCUCCAGGGCCAAGACUAUAGUAUCAACGCGAAAGCCAUGAACCCUUCCCCCGUAGACGGUACCGGCAUCUAUGUCGGCAGCUAUCUGCAGUCCGUCACCAAAAAUCUCGCGCUCGGCGUCGAGGGAAUCUUCCAGCGACCCACUCCGGAUGUCGCCGAGUUGUCGACCACGUAUUUGGCGAAGAUCAUGAGCUCGGACAAAAGCUGGAUAGCGACGGCACAAACGCAGGGGCUCGGUGUCCUGCAGGCCUCAUACUGGCACAAACUGAGCGAGAAGGUGGAUGCCGGUGUGGACAUGCAAGUCAUUGCUCUUCCGAACCGACGGGAGGCCGUUGCUACUAUCGGUGCCAAGUAUGAUCUGCGGUUAGCGACGUUCCGAGCGCAGUUCGACACAACGGGCAAGGUGUCUGCCCUGCUUGAGCAGCGAUUCACCCCCGUCUUCGCAUUCCUGGUGGCUGGCGAGAUUGAUCACUUCAAGAACGCCGCCAAGGUCGGAGUGGGUGUCAUGAUCGAAAGCUCGACGCUGACUCCGGAGGAGAUGGGAAUGGUUCCGCCGCCACAGUAAUUUAGCAUUUAUAUAAUAGACCGUUGCAUCCCCCGUCACCCUACAUAGCAUUAUGAGAUCAAA